CGUUGUCGCAAUCGCAGCCGUUUUUAGACCCGCGUCACAUUCGUUGUCAAUUUUGGGCUUCGAUUGUUGUUGCUUCGGAUUUGUGACUCGACGAGUGUGCGUGCAUUGCCCAAAACCGAACGGCGAUCGCUUCACAUAUUUGUUUACUUAAUUAUCGAGUGCUGCUUGGCACAGUGACGUCAGGUAGACGAUCGAAUAGAGCUUAGUAUUACCAACCAUGUCUUGGGUUUGGAUCAUUCCUCUGGCUCUCGGGCUCUUCGUGGGCGUAGAAUCUCUGGAGAUUGCCAGUAUCGACCAUCCAUGUGCCUAUGCGGAUACGGUUAACAUUACGGAUGGUCUCCGGCUGAAGGAUGGCUCCUAUUCUUACGGCGGAGUAAUUGUUCCUCCGCAUUUGAUGGCCGAGUACUCCUUCAAAGUGAUCGAUGGUGUGGAGUACCGCGCGAAGAAACAUCUACGCGGUUGCGUCUGCCUGCUGAAGCCCUGCAUUAGCUUCUGUUGCCCGGAGAAUCUCGUAUUCGACGCGAAGAAUUGGAACUGCUCGAAGCCACACCAAACGCGGGAAUCCACGCACGUGGAGCUGACCUACGCUAAUCGGUCGGUGGAACAAGUGCGCAUUCUCGAUCGGUUUGUGGUGCGCACAGAGCUCGGUUGCCGGAACAAGUUCGUUGACAAGAAGCACGAGAACUUCUGGGAGUGGGAUCUAUUCGAGAACGGAUCGCUGCAACGGGACAACCGCCUUUGGUCCACGGAUGAGUACUGCUUUAGUCCUUUGGAACACAAGCCCGAGCAGUGGGAGCUCACUCCGCUCAGCUGUGAGCGCUUUCAGACGGGCUACCGUGUUUGGAUCUACGCUAUUUGCAGUAUUAUAGCCAUCAUUAUAAACGUCUUCAUUCUCUCGCUCCUUGGAUCUGUGAGAGAUGCCAGGAAGAGUCACUAUGGCCAACUAAUCAUCUACUACCUGCUCUCCAUGAUCGUGGGCUACUCCUUGUUGGUUUACUUGGCGCUGAAGAAUCCCAUGAAGCUCUCGCAUGCGGCUUGCAGAAAUAUAGGAUUUUUGGCCUACUUUUGCAUCAUGCUCUCCUUUGCCUUCCUGGCCAUUUGCAGUCUUGACUUUCUGCUCAAGUUCAAACAAAAGGCGGUUAGAAACUGGGUGCGUCGGUUGUCGUAUGCUUUGGCAGUUUUGGCGGUAAUUGGAUUAAGGUUUUUGGUUUCCUUUGCCCAGGACUCCAAAUUGCCCAAGCACUACAAGCCAGGAAUGGGAGAGGAUUAUUGCUGGUUCGAUGUCCGCACAUGGGGCAUUUUGAUCUACUACUACGCACCCAUUACGAUCCUGCUUAUUUUCAGCAUUGUUUGCUGCCUGAAAGCAUACUUUUCCAUUUACGAACUGCCACCAGAUACUCAGUACAUAUUAGGCACUCAGCUGAAGAUCGUCAAGACCCAUUUCUAUGCUUUCAGCGCCUACAUAGUGGGCGUGUUUGCUGUUUGGGUUCGCGAAAUAGUCGUCUACAUAAUGGCAAGAGUAAGAGAGCACUUCUUCAUCAUUGACUUCUGGAGUGGGAUUUGCAUUUUGGGCCUGGCCAUAGCUGGUUUUAUCCUGCUUCUUGGCAAGAAUUCGCACGUGAAAACCUGGUGGGCCAUCAAUGUGGAAUCGAGUCAAACCGAUCUGAGUGUCAUAAAUGCUCGCGUCUACAAGUUCGAUGAGAAGGGCGAUUUGAAAUCUUCAGAUUCUCCCUACAAACCGACAGUGACAUCACUUUAAUUCGAAAUGAGAACUGAGAUGAUUGCUCAUCUAUGAACUCUGGUAUUCACUUAGCUGAUGAAUCAUUUAGUCUGUCGCAAACAGAUAAGUGUAUGUAAAAUAAGUGCCUCAGUAUACUAGCCCUAA